GGAAACCUUGCUUGCCACUUCGAGUAAUUUGAAGUUCUAGGCGCAUUGUCGGGCCCGCUUUGCCCAGAUUCCGCAAUUAUUAUCCUCCGUCUUGACAGGCUCAGUUUCGAACCUGCGCGUUCGCCCGACAGGCUGCUCCCCGAUCAUCGAGCUAGUCACAACAUGGUGCGAAACCAGACCAACUGCGUUUCACCCUCGACAUUGUCCUGGUCUGCGACGAGUUGCGCCGUUUCGGCGACAGCGCGUACGGUUGCUUUUUGUGGGAGAAGGAGGAGGAGGAGGAAGGACCAGAGCAACGUUGGCGCCCGCGGACGACGGCGCGCUAGAGGCUCCGAGACACAUAAUUACCGCUUCCGAGAAGAAGAGUCGUAGCAUCGGUAUCAGACCUGGCCUUUCUUGGCGCCGAUUCCGUCGGCCGUGAAUUACCAGGAAGCACAACACUCACAGCCUUCUCUUCCUCCACCGGCCUGGCAACAUGGGAUAUUAGUGGAUGGGCUAAUUGAAAGCUGCUUCGCCGGAUGAUUUUGGCACCGGUGCAGAGAAGCAUCGACAUCGAUAAUACGCGCGUAAGGUAGGUACGUAAGUACGUGGUAGUCAUCCGCAGUAGAUGCUUGAGAGGUCAUGAGCAUUUGAGCGGCCACUGACGUCAGAAAUAACUAAUUAGGGCUUUCAUCUGCCAACAUAUCAAACAGCAUCCUUUCGUGAGACAGGUUUCAGGCUGCUGACCUAAUCCCCACGGUCCUGGGCCGUUUUCAGAGCUCGCGCGCCCC